AUGGUAAUUAUUAUGUUUGUAUAUACGACAACGACGACGAAUGGACAACAAGAAUCUCAAGAAAAUUUAUUAAAAAUUCUUAGUGAUACCGGACGUCGAAUUCCAUUUGUUAUAUCACAAUGUCAAUUAAAAUAUGAAAAUUGUUUAUUAGAUGUUAAUGAUGCUGAUAAAUUAGAUACACUAUGUCGUGUCUAUUCACGUUUAAGAGAUUGUCUUUUAAUAGUUAAUCAAGAUACAAUAUGUUUAUCAAUUGAAUUAAAACAACAUUUACAAAAAAUGAGACAAUUAGAAUAUAAUGCAUGUGGUGUACCAUCUACACCAUUAAAUACCGUUGUUUCAUCAUCAGCAUCAUCAUCAUCAUAUCUAUUAUUUUCGACUAAUAAAUCUUAUUCGAUAUUAUUUGUUCACAAAUUUCGUCUUCGCGAAAAAUCGUUAGUUAGUCGAACAGAAGAAUCUUCAAAUUCAACAACAUCUACUACAUCGAAAGCUGAUUACGAAUGUUUAUGUAUUGGAAGUCAAAAUAUUGGAACCCGAAAACCCGUUAUAAAAUUAAAAGUUAUCUCAUUAUUUCGACGAGUUCUGGUAUUAAGUGAUAGUUUAAUUCAAUUAUUGGACAGUGAUAGUUUACAACCAAUUCCAAAUAUAAAAAUAAAAAAUGUAUUGAUAUUUUCCGUCAAAGAAACGAGUAUAAAUCGUACAGUGGAUCCACAAUUUAUUGAAAUUUGUGUAUCAACCAAGAAAAAUAAAUUACAAAUACAUCGAUUAGAUAAAACAAGUAUAAAUUUAACUUAUGAAUUAUCGGUACAAGAUGCCAUUACAAUGAUCGGAAUGGAUGAUUAUGGUAUUGUUGCUUGUACAGAAUCACAAUAUUUAUCGUACAAUCCAAAUGAUCGUCGGGGAACAUUACAAAAUAUAUUUACAUUAGAUGAAUAUACAAAUCCUUAUUUUACGAGAGUUAAUUCUGGUGAAUUUUUAUUGAAUGGUCCAAAUGUUGGAGUUUAUACUACUAUUGAUGGAACCAGUCAACGUGCACCAAUCAUGUGGUUAAGUCAACCUUAUUCAUUUUUAUAUUCUCAUCCGUAUAUUAUUGUUAUUGUUAAAGAUCAUGUUCACGUUUAUAGUUUUCUUGAUGAUAAAUUAAAACAAGAAAUUCCACUUAAAAAUUGUCGUACUGUCACUUAUUUACAACAGCAAACAUCUCCAAAUUCAAUAAUAAUUACAACAAAAGAUGUCAUUUAUUUGCUUGAACCAGUCACUUUAGAAGAACAAAUUGAACAAUUAUUAACUGCAUAUCGUUUACAAGAAGCAUUAACAUUAGCUGAAAGUAGUUCAUCACCAUCAUCGGAUAGAUUGAUACAAUUAACUAAAAAACGUAUAGGGCUCAUCGAGUUUACAGCAUUAAAUGUUGUUAGAGCAUUUCAGUUAUUUAUUGAAGCCGAUGUAGAUUAUCAUGAUAUUGUUGCACAAAUACCAAAUUGUCUACCUCUUAUUUCACCAUGGCCAUUAUCAUUGAUAACAGGUGAUAAUCAUCAGUUAAAAACGCAAUAUUUACAGUGGUUGAAUACUCUCUAUGAUUAUAUGACACAACGAAAAUUUGAUUUUAUAUUGAAACCGGAUUAUCAUCUUGUAUUAUUGAAAGCAAUGAUGAUUAUAAAACUCGAUGAUAUACCAAAUUUUAUUCAAGAAUAUUUUACCAAAAUUCCACUUGAAUUUGAUCAAACAUUAAUUGAAGCAAAUAUGUAUCACUAUUCAUGUCUAUUAAAUUCGUAUAAAGGAAAUCAAGAACAAGCAUUAAAUCAAUGGAAAAGGCUUAUUUCAAAUGAAUUAAUUGAUGAUAAAUUUCCUGGUGUUCAAUUUGUAUGUGAACAUGUUAUAGAACGUAUAAAUGAUCGUCAAUUAGCUGCAAAUUUUACCGAAUGGUUAUUAACAUACGAUGAAAAUCUUGCACUAAAAAUUUAUACAGAAAAAUAUGAUAGUGAAGAAUUAAAUGAUCCAUUUCGUUCGGAUAGAAUUAUUGAAUGUUUGAGAUCAAAUUCGACUAUAUUAACAAAAUAUUUAGAAUAUUUAGUAUUUCAACAGUCAAAAGAAGUAAAGAAAGACAAUUUUCAACUAUACUAUAUAAAAUAUUCAUUUCUUCUACAGCGUGAAUCCUUACAUACAAUGCUGGUGAAUGUCUAUUUGGAUAAAUUACUACGGGAACAUCAAAAUGUUACCAUUGAUCAAGAUGAAACAAAUGAAAUUCGGAAAAAAUUGCAAACACUCCUCAUUACAUCAAAUUCCUAUCGUGUACAACAUGUUUUGACACGACUUAAUCAAUCGGAUUUAUUUCGUCGAGAAGUUGCUUUAUUGUACGGAAAAAUGAAUGACUAUACACAAGCAUUUAAGAUCAUCGUUAAUGAACUUCAUGAUUAUAUUUAUGCCGAAAAAUAUUGUGUGUAUAUCUCAUAUGAUAAAACGAUUGAAAAUCGUCAACAUUUAUUCCAUACGUUAUUUAAAAUAUUACUAGCAUCGUUAAACAGCGAUUCAGAGAAGAUAUCAAAUGCAAUUAAACACUUAUUAGGUAAUAGUGAUGCUGAAUUUGAUUUCAUCGAAAUUCUUCAACUAUUACCAUCCAGUUUUUCGUUGACAUCAUUGAUUGACAUACUUAGUCAUGUCAUACGUUUGAACUCUCAUACUCAACGUUCAAAAAAAAUUGAAUCAUCCUUAUGUCGUGUUCAAAAUGAAAAUUUAAAACGAAAACUAAAUAUCUGUCAAAAACCUUGUACAAAACUUACAGAAACAAGACAAUGUGCUCAUUGUUUUUCACAAUUUUAUGAACCAAUUUUUGUUUUAUAUAAUGAUGGUACAAUUGUACACGUUCAAUGUGCAAGAGAUUUUCGUCAAAUUGAUUAA